UCCAACAGGAGGAAAAAGGCAAAGUCAGACAAAAACACACAGUGCAAAACAAAACUAAAUUUUAUUUCGCGAAGAAAGAGCAAAACGCGUCAAAAGGUUGCAAAAUUCCGUCGCAAAAACGAUUUUAACAAUGUCGUCCAGUCACUGAGCGCGAAGGACAACGUCGCACAUCCCGGAACGGUCGUUUUUCGCGAAUUAAAUUGAAUUUUCCCCUCCGAAAGUGAAAGAGAACACAGAUUAGCCAGCGGAAUGAUUCCACGGUCCACGGCGAGGUCACGGUGGCUGGUGGUGGUGACACUUUUGCACCUGUUGGACGGAGGAGCCUGGUGCAAACGGGUUCGGGGGAACGACCCCGCGGACGAGACCGUGCUCAUCGUGGUCUCGUAUGACGCGUUCCGGACGGAGUAUCUGCGCCGCGGCAGUGCGUCCUACAUGGCGGAACUGGGCCACAACGGGACCUGGGCCGAGUACCUGCGGAACGUGUUCCCCACGAAGACGUUCCCCAACCAUCACAGCAUCGCGACCGGGGUCUUCCCGAAUCAGCACGGCGUCAUGGCGAACGGGUUGUACGACCAUGGCCGCGGCAAGAUCAACUAUUCGUACGAGCUGUUCCAUUUCAACGAGGAGCUGGUGCCGAUUUGGACGCUCAACGAGCAGCACGGCGGCCACUCGGGUUGCAUGAUGUGGCCCGGGUCGGACUUUCCGUACACCCGUGGGAACAUAACCUGUUCGCACCUGCAACCGUUCAAUCUGACGCUGCCGUGGAACGACCGCGUCGACACCGCCUUCCGGUGGAUCCGCGACCCAACCCGACCGGCGAACCUGGUCAUGUUGUACAUCGAGGAGCCGGACUAUUACGGGCACAUUUACAGCCCGGAGUCCGACCGGGUGGCCCAGCUGGUGGUCAAGCUGAACGAUCUUACGCGGUACAUCCACGACAAGAUUCGCGAGUUUGGGCUGGUCGAGCGGGUCAACGUGCUGCACCUGAGCGACCACGGCAUGGAUUCGCUUAUGCCGAAGAACUUUAUCAACCUGACGAGCUUCGUGCCCGCGGACAUGAAGUUCGACGUGUACGGAUCGACGCCGGUUCUGCAGGUCGUGCCCAAGGUGAAGCAGCAGACGGCGGAUUUGUAUCGGGCGUUGAAGAACGCUUCGGAGAAGAGCGGGAACUUUGACGUAUACACGCUGGAGAAUCUUCCGACGCGGUGGCACUUUAACAACUCGCAGCGAACCGGACCGAUUACGGCGGUGGCCAAGCUGGGCUAUGGCUUCGACGACAUGUGGGAAACGGUCGAGUACUACCGGAAGGCGUUUAACGUUUCGGUAACGUCCGAGACCAAGUACGGCGUUCACGGGUACGACAACGAGCUGCCCAUCAUGCAUCCGAUCUUCUUCGGGUACGGGCCGCGAAUCCGCGAACGUACCACCGUUGAGCCGUUCGACACGGUCGAUUUGUACUAUCUGUUCUGCGAGCUGCUGGGGCUGGAUGCGCCGUACUAUCUGGACGGAAAGCGGGAGCACAUCGUGGCCGUGCUGAGGAAUGACUCGCGGGACGACGACGAUGACGAUCCGAGCGGGACGUCGGCGAGGACGGUGACGUUGAUGGUCAUCUUCGCCGGUAGCCUUAUGGCCUCCUUCGGACUGGUCAGCAUGCUGGCGUACGUGGUCAUUUGGCGUCGACGCCGCCGGGAAAACCUCGUGCCGCACUAUCUGUACGACGAGACGGAAUCGUUUCUGGACGAAGCCAACAAACUGCUGCCGGCCGCCGUUCACCAACAGCAACAGCAGCAGCAACGUGAGCAGCAGCAGCAGCAAUCGCCACCGUCGCCUCAUAGAUUCGGGGGCCAGCGGAAUCAUCGUCAUCACCAUCAACUCACCGGAAGUUCGUCCAUCAACGGCGAUGUGGUUUCGAUCGAUGUUUGAGGCGGGUAAAACGGUGGCACGACUGUCUCCUAUUUUCUUUUCUUGUACAUAAUCGUUGUUCAUUCCUAGUGGUCUGUGUUGUUGAAUUAUUUGUUUUCUUAUUCUUACAAAUAUAUUUUUAAAGAAACUCAUUCAAGAUGAGUGAAACUUCUCUUAUACAAAAAACACGAGUAUUGUUUUCUGUUGGACAACACAAAGGACACACAUACGACAAAUAACCCUAAUACAUAUCAACACACAUGAAAAAAGGUAGUUCAGUUCAUUCACACAGCAAACGUAACGUUACCAAGGUUAAGAGUUCACACAAAUAUUUAAUAGAUAUCUUUCAUACAAAAUCAUAAAAUUAAAAAAAAAUGUAUGAUCAAAAUAAUACUUCUGAGCAGUUUUCUGGAAAAUUUGCAAAACAUUUUUUUUUAAAUUGGUCGAAGCUUUCAUUGAUUGACUCUACUGCGGAACUCCCACACAUUCCUAAUCAGCCUCCACCGGCGUGACUUACCUUGGCAUGUCGUAGAGUUGCGCCCAAAAGCCUUGCCGCUUCGAAAACUUCUUGCUAGCAGGUUCUCCUCGAGCUUCGUUCAUAUCUCGUGCCCGCAAAGAACGUCCGAAUUCGUAUAUUUUUUGCUAUUUAAAUACACUGAUAGUUCACAAUUCUACAUUUUCUCACAAAUUCGGUGUCUUAUCGCAGCUGACCUGUCCGGCUUGCUUGCUCUCCCGCUUGCUUAGAUCGUUUUUGAAUCUUCUGAUUGAUCUGUCAAAACAUAUAAACAAACAGCACGCAGAAAACGAGGGGCUUGCUUUUUUCGAGAAUUUUCCUCAGCUAGCCUACAAAACAUAAACAAAAUGAAAAACGCAGAUUUUCUAGAAAAUUGCUCCAAUACUCUGACAAUACAGUCGCGAAACCGCCAAAUUAGAAAGCCCCAUUUUAAAGCAAGUCAAAAUCAGUCAUAUUUUUCUAACCCUAAAACACAUCAUCACCCACGUUUGGCGGUUUCCGCUGAAGGCUCUUCCAGAUACUCUACUUUAAAUGCUAUUCUGAAAUAAA